AUGACUGCCUGUAAAAAUGAGUUGUCAAUGGCUAUUUUUGUCAAUAAAACUGUAUGUACUGAUGUGAAGUAUAUCUCAAGCUAUACAAGCAAUGCGGAACAUCCGCUGAACCGAUGUCCACUACUUCGAGAUUGUUGUCUCAAGUGCGGAGGGCCACAUUUUGCCAAUCAAUGUCAUAUUUAUAGGGAAAUCCUCAAGAUUCGGAAUCGCAUCUGUUACUUUUGCUUCAUGUAUUUGGAACGAAAAGAAACAUUUGCUCUGCACUAUGGUCCAUCAAACCGAAAUUGUCCGUCACAUGCUCGCGAUAGAGUAAUCGUAGUCUGCUAUGAAUUAUUUCGCUUGAGCCAAAGGAGUCAUAAGUUUAAGAGUGUUCUGAAAGAGAGUUUAAUUGACAUUCGUCUCGAAAAUGAGAGUGAAUUCACCUCUUGGUUGCUGACAGAAGAUGACUUUAAUCAACUACUCAAUUAUAUCAACUUGUUAUCAUUUUUUUAUGGCUAUUCGUAUAAUGAUAGUAUUCAUUCACUAUUUUAA